AUGAGUGUCGUUACACACGAAGCGGAAAUGAUCUGCAAAUCAAAAAAAUUAGAAAUUGAAAAAAGUUUCCGAAACAAACUUGAUGAAUACGAAAACAGCAUUCAACAGUUAACGACAGAUGUAAACAAAAUAAAAAACGACUUUAAAACAGUAAAACUAGACGUUAACGAACUACGUUCAAGCGUGAAAUCUGAGUCAUAUAGAAUUAACCAGCUAAGUGAUACACGAGCGCAAGGCGUUGUCAGUCUAAAAACAAAAACAAACAUCAUGAGUGAUAAACUGAAAGAAUUUGACGAUGAACUCAAAAAAGUAAAUAUUGAUUGUUGUUCUCACACGAGGUCAAUUAGUGAUUUGCGAAAACGUAUCAUAAACACCGAGAAAGAUGUCAAAGUCCUUGACAAGUCUACAAAAUCGUACGCAGACUUUCUAAAAUCAAAAUCUAAACAAGUUACAGCUUCAGCUGAAGCAUUAGAUAAUUACAAUGAAUCCGAUUUGAGUCAGUCCACAAAGCCAAUUCAAAGGAACACCAUUAAUGAACAUUCCAAUUCUCUAGUUGACUCACACACAAAACACGUCAGAUCCUCUGAUGUUACGAAUUUGUCCGUUUUAGUCAAAGACAUACAUGUACAAAGUAAUGUUGUUAAUCCAGCUCCGUCUACUUCAAUAGAAAAUAAAAUCAAGAACACCAACAACAAUAUAUCAGGAAAUGAACAAAAUACAAAUAUACAAGUGCAUUUUCCAACUUCCAUGUGUAAUCCCACAACUGUUGACAAUUUUCGUGGAUUUGUUAAUAAAAACAAGACACCGUGUAUCCAGAUUCUACGUAGGUGGUAUCGACAAACACAUUUCAUGUGA